CCGUAAAGCGCCAGCCGCUGUCGUGAUUCGGCACAUGUGUAGCUGUUGUCAUGCUGUGCUCUCAAAUCAUGAGAGUUUAUAGAUUAUUAAUAGAGUAAAUGUAUAAACUGGGGCAGCUGGAUAAUAUCGCUCUGCACGCACGGGCUGCCGGAGCUUCAGGGGGACUGAGAGGUAACGUUAAUAUGACAGAGAAACCACAGCAGAACAACAUCACGUAACUUACAGACAGACUCAUGAGCCAGUAGCUGACGGGUGUUGUUCAUGUGUCAGUUUGAGAUCCUCAGCGGGUCUGGUUGUGGUUGUGGGUGAGGAUGUUCGUGCUGGUGGAGAUGGUGGACACGGUCCGGAUUCCCCCGUGGAGUUUCCAUCGGCAGCUGAACGACGCGAUCGCCGAAGAGCUCAACAAGAAACUCGCCAACAAGGUGGUGUAUAAUGUGGGCUUGUGCAUCUGUCUGUAUGACAUCACUAAACUGGAGGAUUCCUACAUCUUUCCUGGAGACGGAGCAUCUCAUACCAAAGUUCACUUUCGAUACGUGGUUUUCCACCCGUUCCUGGACGCGAUCCUGGUGGGAAAGAUUAAAGGCUGUAGUUCCGAGGGCGUUCACGUGAGCCUCGGAUUCUUUGAUGACAUCCUAAUCCCGCCGGAGUCACUGCAGCAACCGGCUAAAUUUGAUGAUGCGGAGCAGGUGUGGAUGUGGGAGUACGAGACGGACGAGGGCACUCACGACCUCUACAUGGACCAGGGCGAAGAGAUCCGCUUCAGGGUCGUGGACGAGCUGUUCCUCGACACGUCUCCCACCGGCCCCAGCACAGAGAAGGAAGCGCCGAGCGCCGCCGGCUCCACAGCGCCACCCGCAGCAGUGGAGGACACCACGCCGCAGAAAGAGGCUCCAUACACACUCAUUGGAUCCGUCAGUGAACCGGGGCUGGGUCUUUUGUCCUGGUGGAACAGUUAACAGUCUCUUCUGUGAUUAUAAACUGAGAAACAUCAGUUUAGCUUUUCACAACACUGAUUUACUCCUUCAUGAACUUAAGAUCUGCGGACCAAUAAGUGAGCAGAUGCUGCCGACCAAUCGGAGACACUUAACGAAGAGUUGUUUGUAAUGAUUGAAAGGGAUUAUUGUGUUGUAAUCCUGCUGUUGUGUUGAUUGAGAUAAUUUGAGUUUGCUUUUUUUGUUGAGACCUACAGAGUUUACUUUAUAGAUAAAUACAGUUUUAUUUGAAAAAAAAUGUUUAGCUUCAAAUAAUGUCUUUUUGAUGCAAUUGAAUAUUUUUGUGAGGUCAUGUAUAUGGUGUUUGGAUUUUUGUUUUGUUUUGAAAAUUUGAAUAUAAAAAUAUUUGGAAAAGUUUA